CCGGCAGCGGUACCGGACAGGAGCGGCUGACAGCCGGCUGUAUUAGGCUCUACCUCUGGGUACGAAACCGCCAGACAGACUUGGGUUAGUCAGCGGGAAGAAACGAUACAAGCUAGCGCUCCCCCGGCCGCUGCCCUGCUUUCCAACGCUACAAGAUGUCUGCUAAAGCCACGAUCAGCAAGGAGGUAUUCUCCCCCCAGGAUGAGAGGAUGUUGGGGGCUGUACUAGUCAAGCGGCGGACCAAGAAAAAGAUUCCCUUCUUGGCAACUGGAGGGCAAGGAGAAUACAGCACAUACAUCUGUUUGUCAGUUACCAAUAAGAAGCCACCCCAGGUCUACGUCACCAAAGUGAAGCAGUUUGAGGGGUCGUCUUGUUUUGUACGGCGGUCACAAUGGACUCUUGAUCAACUGAGACAAGUUAACGGCAUUGACCCAAAUAAAGAGUCUCCAGAAUUUGACCUGCAGUUUGACAAUGCCUCAGACCAAUGGGUAGCAAGCUCGGGUUCAGAGAAAUUCACAUUCUUCCAAAUUCUCCUCCACAUGUGUCAACGAUACCUCCCUGACCGAAAGCCUGAAUUUAUUAACUGUCAAUCUAGACUAUUCGCAGGCAACAGCAUUCUUCACACUGCCGCAGACAGUGUAACCAGUGCUGUACAGAAAGCUAGCCAGGCCCUUAAUGAACGUGGAGAGCGUCUGAGUCGUGCAGAGGAGUCUACAGCAGAGAUGAUGAAUAGCGCCCAUCAGUUUGCAGACACAGCUCACAAGCUUGCCAUGAAACACAAGUGCUGACCAACCAAUAAUAAAAAAAAAAAAAAAGGUGGCUUUCAUCCAUUGAACUCUAAAUCAAACAUCAGCACAAGGUUAUUCCUGAAUCUUUAUUUUGUACGAGAAAUCUGAAAUGUUGGCCACUGAGAAGUUCUGCUCCUACCACAGUCUACGGAGGAGAGCCGAAUUCCAACCGGAACAUUGUCUCUCGUAUUUCAAAGUGGACAGAAGCUUUAGUCCUGGAUGUAACGUCCAGACUCCUAACAGCCCAUUCGUGUUUCAGCCACCGGUACACUGACAAAGCAUUCACGACAGAACGUCCUUAUGGCUCUUUAGGCUUGUAUAUUGUGAACAAUGAUUUUAAGCAGCAUUGAAAGGAUUCCAGUCAGAAGCUUGGUCUUGAGACGAUAUAUGUAAUUGGCUGCGUUAAUUGUUUACAGAGUGGGAAAGGUUUACUGACCCUACUGCUUUGCUCUCCACGUGCUAUCAUCCCAGCUGUGACAGGAUGAAGAUCUACCGGAUAAAGUGCAUGGAAUGAGGAUACUACUAGAUGCCUUGUUAAAUUUGUUCGAUGCAGCAUGAACCGCGUUUAUCGUGCAAAUGAAGGAGGCAGGGUGACGCGUUUUUUUUCUGUUACUGGACAGAGACAUUUCUUAAACAGUGUCUGAUGUAAUUUUCAUUUUUGAUGUCACACAAGGCGAAUAAACACAAGUUUGUGUUCCAGAGAACAGGCAUCCAACGUCUGGUGGCAUUCACCGCCUUUUCCAAGUGCCGCAGGACAGAGGCUUUGUCGUAUUUUUACCGUAUGUUUUAUCUCCCUCCCCCAGUUGACAUAACCAUCCACGUGACAUGCGUAUGUGCCAUCUUUUCUAUAUAACCUUAUUUGUAAUGUUUUUUUUCAUGUGAUUUAUUUGCAUUUACAUUGCACAUUAUUAGUCCCCUUCUUAUUGCUGGGGCUAACAAUGACAAAAAAGCCAUGUCGGUUAUACACAUAGAUAACAAGAAAUAAAGUACGCUUUGCGCAUUUCUGAAA